UGAUAAGUGUGACAUAAAGGGCGAAGGCUCAGGUGUCGGAUCUCGCCCAUUGAUCGGUGGGCGGGCGUUGGCGGCCGCCGGGUGCCCACGUGCUCGUUCGCGCCGGGAAUAGACAGUCGGUCCCGACACGUCGCCCCAAGCUCACAUCGCAGAGUCUAACAUUUCAGAAAAUUUUCAGUACAUUUUUGCUCAAAAUCGAAAAUUUCCGCGUGACUCGUGCUUUAAAGGUCUCUAUAACAUUAAUUUCUGUAACGUAAGCAAUAUGUUCGUGUUCGAUAAUUAAACAUCGUGUUGAUUGUAUCAUCGUUUGUAACAGUGAUAUUGGUGCAGUGUUUGACUGUUUGACAUUGGUUUAUAAAAGAUUGGUUGUGGAUGUUCGCGCCUCGGAUUUAUUUUGAAUUUAGUACGAUUGAAUUUGGCUUGGCGACGUGCGCGCGGGCGCUUGCGAUUCUCGCGUGCUUUACGGCGUAAAGGCGUCGCGGCGCCGGCGCCGACGGGUGUCAAGGCGGGGAACGCAUGUGCGAUGCGAUGCGUGAGAAACUUGCCGCCCUGCUACGCAGUGCGGUGUGUGCGCCUGCGCAGCCACACAGUACGGACAAGCUGCAAAAUGGAGCCGUUGAACCUGUUCUCCUUUUCAGCGAUGAUGAAGGGAGAGCACGCGAAGGCGGAUUGGUAUGGCGCGGGUGCUCCGCCGGCUGCGACGCCGAAGACGGCGCGACGGGAGCACUCACCGACGGCAACGCCAACCCAGGAGACAAGCUGGAGGGGUCGGACGCAGCUGCGGACGACCCUGUUCACCUCAAGAGACGGGUGGGACUCUUCAGUGGGGUGGCUCUAAUCGUCGGAACUAUGAUAGGCUCGGGAAUAUUCGUCUCGCCCUCUGGGCUUUUGGAGCGGACAGGCUCAGUGGGCAUAAGCUUCAUUAUAUGGAUGGCCUGUGGGCUGUUAUCUCUGCUUGGAGCGCUCGCGUAUGCGGAGCUGGGAACAAUGAACACGUCGUCGGGCGCUGAAUACGCUUAUUUUAUGGACGCGUUUGGAGGACCGCCCGCAUUCUUGUUCUCAUGGGUAUCGACAUUGGUGCUGAAGCCAUCGCAAAUGGCAAUAAUAUGUCUAAGCUUCGCCAAAUACGCUGUGGAACCGUUUGUCGCGGAGUGCGAGCCGCCGCAUGCUCUUGUCAAACUUGUAGCGGUCAUUUCUAUCGUAAUGAUACUGGCCGUAAAUUGCUACAGCGUGAACUUGGCCACUAACGUGCAAAACAUCUUUACGGCAGCUAAGUUGGUUGCCAUCGCAAUCAUCGUUUGUGGAGGAGCCUAUAAACUCAUAUUAGGUAAUACGCGACAUUUACAGGAGCCCAACUUCGCCAGUAGUACGGCGACGAUGGGCAACAUUGCCACCGCUUUCUACACCGGCUUGUGGGCCUACGACGGUUGGAAUAAUCUCAACUAUGUGACUGAGGAAAUUAAGAAUCCAUCCAGGAACCUUCCAAUGAGUAUAAUAAUUGGCAUACCUCUGGUGACACUCUGCUAUGCACUGGUGAACGUAUCGUACUUGGCCGUGAUGUCUGUGAGCGAAAUGGCGGACAGCGAAGCUGUGGCUGUGACGUUUGGGAAUCGGCUGCUUGGGCCUAUGGCCUGGUUAAUGCCGUUGGCUGUUACAAUUUCCACCUUCGGAUCUGCCAAUGGCACGCUGUUUGUUGCUGGAAGAUUAUGCUUCGCAGCAUCACGAGAGGGACACUUGUUGGACAUUUUGUCAUACGUGCACGUUCGUCGAUUCACUCCUGCACCUGGUCUCAUAUUCCAUUCGCUGAUAGCAGUUGCAAUGGUAUUGUACGGGACAAUCGACUCACUCAUUGAUUUCUUUUCAUUCACUGCAUGGAUCUUCUACGGAGGCGCUAUGCUAGCGCUGAUCGUCAUGAGGCGAACAAAACCGCAUGCACCCAGGCCUUACAAGGUGCCAAUAAUAAUACCUUACAUUGUAUUGUUGGUGUCGACGUACCUGGUGAUUGCCCCAAUAGUUGACAUGCCCCAAUGGGAGUACCUAUAUGCCACCGCUUUUAUAUUCGGCGGGUUGCUGGUCUAUGUCCCAUUCGUGAAAUGGGGGUACUCGUUACCGUUUAUGGAUAAAAUAACAGUUUUCCUCCAGAUGGUGCUGGAAGUGGUACCAACGACGACAACUUUCGAGUACUAGAGAGUCUCAGCUGGACUUUAAAAAGCAUUUGUGACAAAUUUAUUUUAUUGAAAACAAUGGUUACAUAUACGUACAUAUACAUAAUAUUGGCAUUGUAAAUUCAUAUUGAAUUCCGUAAUGAUCAGUUCUUUGAUUUUUAGCAAUGCUCAAGGCCGUUUUAACACCGGAUUUCCAACAAUUUAAAACUUGUUGGGGUAAUAAAUUAUGUCCAUUACGAAUAAGGUUGAUUUUUAAUAUUAUCGACUGAUAGAUAAACAAUGUUUCUUGAUAAUUCGAAAAAUAACGACAUGAUAAUGAUGUUUAGUUUGUCCAAAUUAAUAAUGUUACCAAAACAGAAAAUGGACAACUUUAAUUUCGUUACGAUCAUGUCGAGUCUAAAAGACAAACGCAAGCUGCCAUUUUCGUUGUACGAUUUGAUUUCAAUUUCUAAAUUGCAGUACCAAUAAAAUCGAUCUUGAUAAAUUCUCAUGAAAAAGAAUUCUGUUUUUAUUACACUUACGCGUACUAGAUAGGUAACUAGAGACAAAAUUGGAAAUAUUUUUUGUAAGUUUAGCUGAUGGGAUGAGAUUGUAAAAGUUCAUGAGUCAUUACAUUAGUUUGCACGAAUCAUUCCUUGAAGGCCGCGUCGAUCGAGAUUUUGCCAAAACUCUAUUUUAUGGUAGCUUGAUCUGUUGAAAACAAUACAACAUUACAAAGAACAGUAAAAGACGACGUUCCUAAAAUACGAUUUAUAAUAAUACUAUACUAUAUAAUACUGAUGUCUAUACAUUUUUGUGCUUUUACGUCUAGCUUACUAUGAAAGUUUUGGUCAAUUAUUGGAACCGUCAAUUCCGUUGCCUCUACCAUUUCUCGCCAAUAAAGGAUUUAGUAGCAUCAGAUUAGAAAUUGUCACGAAAAUUAGUCUAUAAAAGACAAAUUUUCGAGACAUUUACGUCCAGCUUCUUAAGACAGUUUAGGUCAAUUAUUGUAAUAGUCAAUUCCGUUACCUCUAUUUAUCUCCAAUAAGCCUCCAGAUGCCGAAGUAGAAUGGAGUGCAGCUAAUUUUGAUUGAUUUGAUUUUCCUUUACCCACACUACUACUUUGAAACGAGUUUAGCAAUUUAACUCUUGUUCAAAAAUCAAGCUACCUAAAUCUAAGCUCUUAUUUGACGUUUUAAAGAUAGAGAAGCAAUUAGGCGAAGUAAAAACAAAUAUACUUUUUUUCGCUCUUUCACGUAACUGCAUCCCUCUCUGGAAGAUGCUGAGUAGGAGGUUUCUAGUUCUAAAUUCUCAUAUAGACAAAGUUUAGGCAUAGUAGGGUCUCGUAAACGCGAAGCCUUUUUGCGUCACUAUGAGUAAUUGUGCUAAACUCAUAGUUGUUAGCUCAUCAACCAUCAAUAGUCAACCUUAGAGUUAGUACAAGAAGUGUUUGAUUUUAUAUAAUAUUUUAUUAACAUUGCAGUAACCGUAAUUUUAGUGGGGUGAUAAAAAAACUUAAAUGGGCAUAUAUACAGUGCAACAUUACGUGUUAAAACUUUUAGGUGGCAAUGUUACUUAGUAAAGAUUUUCAACUGUUUUCUGACUUAGGAGUUUAGACUAAAAAUUAUAAAAUUUGUAUAAUUAAAUUUAAAAAAUACCUAACAAAUCGUAUAUACGA